AUGCGCUGGACGUCGCGACUCUCGUUCAUCGUCCUCUGCGUCGCCCUGCUGGCCAUCGUCGUGGGCAGCCAGCAGCCCCCCAGCCGCCAUGCCCGUCACCGUCGCCAGCUGCUGAGCGGCGCAGACUCUGCCACCAACAACGGCAACAACAACCUGCCUCUGCCUACGUCGGAUGGGAACAACAAGAACACCAGCGAGGACAAGUCGACGCCCUCGCCGACCUCUGACAAGCCCACGAGUCCUACGCCCCCUCCGACCUCCGACAAGCCAACCUCUGAGCCUCCCACUUCGGAGAAGCCGACGUCGACACCACCAAACCCAGACACGCCUACCCGCUCGCGUUUCCUACUCACUCCAACCGACACGCCGCCAUCGCCCACCGGCAACCAGCCCAGCAGCACGCCAACUCGUCCAAACGACCCCCCAACCAACAACCAGCCAACCGAGAAGCCCACGUCCACCCCCAGGUCGACUCCCAAGCCCACCACCAUCAUCAUCACCCAGACAUACACCAACAGCGAUGGCUCCGUCACCCAGUCGACCAUCUCGUCCGUCUCCACCCUUCCACCAGAGCCCACUGUGGGCAACGGUGGGAACGGCAGCACCGGUGGCGGCAUGAGCCCUACCACUCGCAACACCAUCAUCGGCGUCGUUGUCGGUGUCGGUGGUGCCAUCAUCCUCGGCGGACUGGCCAUCGUCUUCUUCAGACUCCGACGCAAGAGAAACGCCAAUGCUGAUAACGACGAUGACGAUCUGAUCCAGACCGGUGCCGCCGUGGGUUCUCAGACCCACGAGGCUCCUGGAAACAGCCCGUUCAAGUCCACGCUCGACCAAUACCACAAGCCAGGAGCAGUCAACCCUGCCUCAAACUUCUAA